AUGGACGAUGGACUUUCCUUUACCUCUGCCCUCCGGCUCCUUAGACGAAGUCACUUUCCAUUUAACUAUGAUCCACAUCCAUGGAAGCCUGGUAUGUUAUGAUAAAGUUACUAAUAAGCCCCCAGUAGUUUAUUAAUGGCAAAGGUUGGUUGCCAGCUUGGCACUAUUUCCCAAAGCCACCAAAGUAAAUGCUCAGAUUUUUGAGUGUGCAUUGAAAUAACUUUGCCCUUCAGCUCUGGGGAUGAAGUCACUUUCCAUGUAACUAUGAUCCACAUCCAUGAAAGCCUGGUAUGUUGAUCAACACAUUUACUAUAGGCAGCCGAUAAUUUAUUAACUUAUUUGUUUCUUUGUUCCAGGUAAUAGUAUCAAGUAAUUUCUUAGUAAAAAUUGUUAAAUAAGUUGUAUUAUUUUAAUUUGCUUGUCUUUAAGGUAAGCCUGAAAAUAAGACUGAAUGUUUAAAGUCUUUGAUGGCCACCUACCUGUACCGCAAGAAAGUAAAUGACUACUGUGCAUUGGGUGUUAACUUCAAAGAACAUCUCUAUGUCCCAGAGUUAAAUGAAGUGAAUGGUGAGACAUUUCAUGAGCGUGAAGAUCAUAAUCAUGUGCUGAAGCGCAUAACAUCAUGCGCUAGAGCAGGGACAAUCCCAUCAAUAGGUCUGCAGUACUUCAGAGAUGCUCUACAUGAUGAAAAUAGUGGCAUGACUUAUGAGGCUCUUACUGGAAAAAGAAAACAGUCUGUUCCUGAUUGCGAGAAAUUUUUCUCCAUUGGUGUCCUUAAGUUCUUGCAGAACAACAACCACAAGAAUGAAGCACGAGUUGUUGAGAUCAUUUUGAACUGGCACAAAGAGAAUGAUGGACGGGGACUC